AUGCAAAAGUUAAAUGAAUUUCAAGAAUACCAUUUACAUGAACAAUUCGACGAAGAUUAAGGGAGGGGGAGAUUUCUAACGCCAUCAUUUCUGCCUUACAGUUUAUCAAAACAUGAUGUUAAACAGGAGGAGAGAUCCAUGGUUUAGAUUGAUUCCCAGGCAUCAAUAAAGGAUGAUGCUUUCGGAUUGCAGAAUAUCAAGGGACAUGUGAAAAAUACCUACAUCAAAAAGAUACAUUCUCUGCUUAGUGUAGAGGGGGAGAACGAAAAGAUUAUCAAAAAAGUAUAAAAGGAGCCGAGUUCAUCCAGUAAGCAGUUGGAGAAUGAGGAUCAAAAGAUGAUAAGGAACAGAGAAAGUGCAAGAAAUUCCAGAUAACGAAAGAAGCUAUACAUCAAUCUGUUAGAAAAGAAGGUUGAAGACUUAAAUUAGGCAAUCGGACAAUUAAGAAAAUCAACAGAAUCAACAUUUUAGACUAUGCAUUCAGUUUUGGAAUAGAAUUCAAGCAUCCAGGAUAUGAUUGUCGAAUAGACUUAGUUGUUUGAGUAACUCAAGGUAAAGGAGCAGGAAUUUAAUGAAUUGCAAUAGUUGCUUACAGAAUCAUAUAAGCUCAAGUUCAAAGCUACAGGAACCAAGCGCAAGUAAUACAUUCGAUAUUGCUUUCAAAAUAUUGCCAGACUCCUCUUAGAUGGAAACUAUGGCACGCUGUUAUUUGGACAAAGCUACUUCUCAAAAAACUAUACUAUGCAUGACGAAGAAGAAUUGGCCGAUUACAUCAAAAAUCUCAGAGAUGCCACUGGGAUCUGCGAUAAUGGAGUGUUUUUAAAUUUAUACACUAUUGUUAGGAGAGUGAUUGAUCAUAAGAAGAAUUUCUCUUUUCUCAUUAAAUAAAUUAAACUAAAACAAAAAGAGUUGAGAAUCUGUCAAUAAUAAAUUGAUGAUUAAAUUGACGAUAUCUAGUUGAAUGGGAUUCAAUUUGCUAAUCUUAUUCAUUAAGUAAAUAAAGACCAACUGAAUUAACCCCAACUCACUCAACCCCUUGAAAUCCCUCCAUAAAAGCAAAUGAUAUUGAAGAUGGUACCUAAAUAUCCCUUUGAACUCAUGAAUAACCCAUUUUUACUUCCCAACAGUCUGAUGAUCGAUCCUCUUUAAAUCGAUCUCAUCACAAAGAAUUUACGAUAGCCUUGA